GGUGUUCGGGAGGGCGAAAGGGAGGGGUAGUGGGCGGACGGAGGAGGUUAAACAGAGGGUCAAGGCUGUUGCUGGAUAGAUGGUGGUGGCGUCUGAUAAUCCCUACUCACGGUUUUUGCAUACUGUGCCCUUAGUUGUGGCAACCGUCGCACAUAGCGCAGAGCCAAUACUUUGCGUUGCUACAGAAGUACGUCCAGGCAAAAAAAAUUGCGAUAAGAAAUGUUGCUCAGAGUGCCGCUACCGAGGGAGAAUGAUUACUGCCGUGUCUACCAACCCUAAUAUGACUAUCGUAAAGUCUUUACCCCCUCGAGCUGCAUAGCAACGGCAGCACUGACCAUCCCCUUCUCAAAGGACGAAAUUCCUUGUGAGGUGAUAUUUAACGGUGUCUUGACAAAUUCUGAUCAGGGCUCCCAAUGAUAGAUAGUUCCUCGCGAAAACGAACAUUCCUUGGAAGCUCCAAAUUGAUUUCCGUCAGAUGUUCCGCAUUGACAGGUAGACACGAUGUUCCUCUUUCAUAUAUGUUUUGAGACUGAAUUCUGAAGAGUGCCGAUAUUAACGAGGACAUUAAUCGAAACCUAGAAGAUACUCGAAGCAGUUUAGAUCGAUUGCUAUCAGAUAAUUCUGCAUUGCAAAGCGGACACGAUGCGUCGAUGUUCCUCCCUCAGGGUACGCUACAUAUAUGUUCUGGGACCGAAGAGCGACGAUAUCGGAAAUUUUUCG